AUGGUCAAAGAUGAGAUUUCAAAGAAAAUUGUAAAAGAAUAUGGCGGGAAUGAAAAGCGAAUUCGACGCAAUAUAAACAAAUACAUUAAGGACGGGAGAGUACUACACUAUAUUCUUCGAGGCGGAAGAUCCUUAGACCCAGCCUUGCUUAUUCUGUUUCCAAGCUUCGGAUCCGAUUUGCCUUCGUUGAGUGUGACUCAAUUUGGAUUGGAGCUUGAGGAGCUUGAGGAGAAGGCUCUUAAUGAAUUGACGCUAGUGGAGGCAGGUUGGUUUGGCGAGGUGUUGCAGGCUAGGCCAGAGCUGCUAGAACCAGUACCGAAGGCUGCCCUUGAUCUCAUCUCGAAUACCCUGACCCACGACCUCGAUCUUCAAGGUCGUGAUCUAGACAGCUUUCGGAGUAGACCGCUCUAA